AUACUCUUUUCUUUAAUUUGUCUGUAUCGUGCGAGGUUGGCAGAUACACAUUCAGUAGUGUUUUUCUUUUGACUAAACGGGGAGGGUUAUACAGUUUGUUCCAUGAUGAAGAACUUGUUCAACUUUCCAUUAAUACUUCUUCAUACGUUCAUAUGGCUAGGAAACUUUCAGUAUUCCAAUACAGCGGAAUCUGAACCACCCCUUGUGUGCGAAGAAAACCAGUUCAAAUGCAUGAGGCGAUGUAUCCCAAUGAGUUGGAGAUGUGACGGAGACUACGAUUGUAUAGAUGAGGAUGAUAAAACAGAUGAAGCAAAUUGUCAAAAGAAAUCUUGCACCAGUGAACAAUUUAGUUGUGGUAAUGGGGAAUGUAUCCCAAUCAGCUGGCGCUGUGAUGGUUCUCCAGACUGUGCUAAUGGUCAUGAUGAAACCUGUAAUGCCCCAACCUGUGCAAGUGAUGCAUUCAGAUGUGACAACAACAAGUGUGUCAACAACAAAUGGAGAUGUGAUAUGGAUGAUGACUGUGGUGAUAAUAGUGAUGAAAAAGCAUGUCCUGAUGUGACUUGCACUGCCGAUGAGUUCCAGUGUUCAGACAAGCAGUGUAUUGAUAAAUUGUGGCAGUGUGAUGGUGAUGCCGAUUGUAAUGACCAGAGCGAUGAAACCAACUGCACAACCAAAAUUGUUACUAUUUGUAAAUUGGAUACAGAAUGGGAAUGUCUCACUGGUGAACAGUGUAUCCACAAUUCCUGGAAAUGUGACGGGGAUGAAGAUUGUUUGGAUGGGUCAGAUGAGUUGCACUGUACAACCACCUGUCGACCUGAUCAAUUCAAAUGCAAUAACAGUGGCUGCAUCUACCACACCUUGAAGUGUGACGGUUACAUUGACUGCAUGGAUGGAUCAGACGAAUCAAAUUGUCCGGCACAACAAAGUCAAUGUCCCAGUGAUAAAUUUGACUGCUACAAAAAUGGAUCCUUAUGUAUUGAGGCCACCAAGCUGUGUGAUAGCAGAAAGGACUGUGCUAACUUCGCUGAUGAGGAUAAUGAACUCUGUGCAUCAAAUCCAUGCCACUUGAACAACGGGGGUUGUAUACACACUUGUAUCCCCACUGGCGUUAAGAACAGGCGGUGUGACUGUUUGGAUGGCUAUCGUUUAGUUGGCAAUACAUCCUGUGAAGAUGUAAACGAAUGUGAUCAAUGGCCUCCAGGCUGCUCACAGAAGUGUGUUAAUGAGAAAGGGUCUUACAAAUGUGAAUGCAUGUCAGGCUAUUUCCCAGAACUGCUAGAUGACGGCCAGCAUGUUUGCAAAGCCACUGGUGGGAGGCCUUGGUUGUUGUUUGCUAACAGACAGGGCAUCAGGAGACUGGAAGUGGACACCAUGAUUCUUCAACCAGUCGUUGGUGAUCUCCACAGUGCCAUUGCUGUGGACUAUGACUAUCAUAGUAAAGUGGUUUACUGGUCUGACAGUCACGAAGAGAAAAUAAUGAAGGCAAACAUGACAGAGAAAGGAGAGACCAAUGAUACAGGCAUACCCGUUAUCAGUAGUGGUGUCAAGACUCCAGAUGGAAUUGCUGUAGACUGGAUUUAUCACCAUCUAUACUGGACCGAUACUGGCUAUAACACCAUUGAAGUUGCUGCUGUUGAUGGGUCCAUGAGAAAGAUCCUCGUAGAUAAAGAUCUGGAUGAGCCAAGAUCUAUUGCAGUUGAUCCAGAGAAUGGGUGGAUGUACUUCUCUGAUUGGGGGAGAGUUCCUAAGAUUGAACGCAUUGGAAUGGAUGGUAACCCAGCCAGUAGAAAUGUUCUUGUACAGAAAGAUAUUGAAUGGCCAAAUGGUUUAACCUUGGAUUAUGCUAGUGAAAGAAUAUAUUGGAUUGAUGCUAAAAUGAAGAGCAUAUUUACUGCCCGUCUAGAUGGUAAAGAAGUCAAAAGGAUUCUGCACAAUGCUGAACAAAUCCUCCACCCAUUUUCCUUGACUGUGUUUGAGGACUUUGUUUACUGGACAGAUUGGUCAUCUGAGGCCAUCCGUAAAGUUCACAAGUUUACAGGAGAAGAUUACCAUCAACUGGCCCUUGGCCUGAGAGCUCCAAUGGACAUCAAAGUUUAUCAUGAGCAAAGGCAGUUACACAGUCGCAAUAAAUGUGGAGUCCUUAAUGGUGGUUGCUCCCAUCUGUGUUUGCCAGUCCCAGUCUCAAUUGAUGCAAAAGGAUAUGCAUGUGCUUGCCCAGAUAGCAUAGACCUAUUGAAUGGAAAACAAUGUAAAGACAAUGUUCAGUCCCAGAAUACCACAACUGCCGAUAUCGAUACAACCACAUCGUCUUCAGUCGACUUAACAACAGUGAGUGAAACCACAGAUGUUGUCACAUCAGCAACACCAGACAGCGAAACAACAGUGAGUGAAACCACAGGUGUUGUCACAUCAGCAACACCAGACAGCGAAACAACAGUGAGUGAAACCACAGAUGUUAUCACAUCAGCAACACCAGACAGCGAAACAACAGUGAGUGAAACCACAGAUGUUAUCACAGCGACAACAUCAGCCGUCACCGCGGCAAAUGAAUCCACAGAUGUGAUCACAACACCAGAUCCAACUACAACAGAUAAUCCAGUCACAACUUCAGCGACGGAAACUGCAAUUUCCAUACCAAAUACGACAGGCGUCACAGCAGUUCCAACUAAAGUCACAGCCAAACAUGAAUCUCAUAAACCUUUGGCAACAACUACCAAAGCUCCAUCUAAACCUACGGCAACAACCAUCAAAGCUCCAUCUGGUAUCAGCACUGAAACUCCAUACUCAAUUGUGACUCCAGGAAAAACAAAUAAUGAAACGGUCAUACGGAAAUCAACAGAUAGUCCAGUUGGAACAGUGGCAGUGAUAGCCAUUGCAGUGGUGCUUGGUUUAGCGGUUAUCAUUAUUGGAUGUUUCAUUUACCGAAAGUAUACAAAGAAAAACAAAGAGAGCAUGAAUUUUCAUAACGCAGUCUAUACAACGGAAGAAUCUGUGCGCAUACAAAGAGACUCGGCCUUGGAGCCAAUGGAUGCCGACUCUAUGGAGGUCUGAUGUUCAGGAAACGUUUAGUGACAUUUCAUUUAUGAUCAUGACAAGGACAGUGUUUAAGUCUGUUCUCAUUUUAGCAGGAGUGGAAUACAAAUUGUGUAGAUUAGUGGGUACUUUCUCUCUAAUUCAGGCCUACAUUCUGUUUCCAUGACAGACUAUGCUAAAGAUGAAAUUUAGAUGUUGCAUCGAAAUUACAUUUUUAUAUGCCCAUCUUUAGAUAGGGCUUUUCAGCUGGAUUAGUGUACCGUGACCUACUUUCGAGCUAAAAGUAUGUCAAACAUUUUUCUGGACUUUUUUCCUUACGGAUACAGAUAUUGCCCUGAAAUUUAGUCACAAGCUUCCUCUCGAAGGAAUACAAUUGCAGUUAGCAUUUCAGCUGGAUUGGUGCACCAUGACCUACAUUAGGGAUAGAAGUAGAUAUAAUAAUUUUCCAGAUUUUUACCGGUAUGGUCACAUUGCCCUGAAAUUUUGUCACAACCUCCCUUUCAGCGAAAUACUUAAUCAGUUCACAUUUCAACUUAAUUGGUGCACCAUGACCUAAUUUAAAGCUAAAAGUAGAUUAAAUGGUUUCCUGGACUUUUUCUCUUCAUAGAUACAGGUAUUGCACUGAUAUUUUGUCACAACCUUCCUCUCAGAGAAAUACAUAAUCAGUUCACAUGUCAGAUGGAUUGGUGCACCAUGGCCCACUUUAAGGCUUUUCGAUUCAGAAUGUGUGUUGUAUCAAUUCAGAGUGCACAAUAUGCUUCCAGGUUGAAUUUCACUGUCCGACAGGUGUAUGUUGUACCAUUGCGGUACUCUUGUUGAUAAUAUAGGAAGGUAUAAACUGCAACACUUAAUACCUGUAUACUUCAUGAAGUGCGUUAGCACUUUGUGAAAGGUAUGUCUGUGCAGUUUAUACCCUGAAGUAUUUUUUGAUUUCCUUCAAGAACCACUGGGUCAGUAUCAACCAACUUUCAUUCAAAGCAUCCCUAUGUGAGAGGGGUUUCAACUUUGUUUAAACGAAGUACUAAACCCCUUUAAAAAGGGAGAUAAGUAACAAAUAGAAAAAGUAGGGUGUGGUGUACUUAAAAAAAUUAAGAUCCAGAAAAAGAUUAUAGCUGCAAACUAAGGAUUCAAAACUGCUCAUACUAUUGUAACGUGUAGUAGUCACCUAUCCAAGGGCUGGUCAUGCUCGUUGUUGCUUAACUUAAAUGAUCAAGAGAGAGACUUUUAAUACCACAUCACUAUUUUGGCACUUCUUCACCAAGGGCAUCCGCCGUUCCCGACGACAACCACCCGGACAAAUCUGUACAUGAAUACGGAGUCCUCAAGCUCUUACUACAAGUUCCCUCUAUACUGUCCACUACACUAUGAUGGAAGAAUAUUUUUCUUAUGAACGACAAGGGUAAAUAUAAACACUCAAAUAUGCAAGUGUCCUCGUAUAAUUAUACCCACCACAAAGUAGACAUGAUUUGUCCACAGAAUAUCUACACCAAUGAACGGAUUUGAUGAAAACUACACUAUAUAUUUUAUAUCAAUAAUGAAUGAUGUGCACCUAUUAUUUCAAUUGGGAUUUUUUUUAAAUUUAAGAAAGUUA